UGUUCUCCAACCUCGCCUCGUAUCCGCGCGCGAUUGUUCCGUGGUUUCUCCUUAAUCUCGCCAACGCUUCAAUUUGCACAUCCCUUGGUCUCCGUAUAUAUACUAAAUAUUUAUCUACAUCGACGCUAUUCAUUAUCAGCUCGUAAUAUUGACACUCUACAUAAAUGGAAAAGUGAAAUUUAUUUACUGAAAAAAGAUACUAGAAAAGUAGGAAAAAAAUGGCCAUUUGUAAGUCUUUUUCUAGUAUCAAAAUUACUGAUGCUUGCAAUGAAGAGAAGCAAACUACGAAAUCGUCAAGGUUUCCAAAAGCGAGUGCAGCGUUCUGUGUGAUUUGCUUAGGGAUCUGUGCUUUUAUUCUUGUUUUAUAUGUUAAGACGACAUACCAGCUACAGAACUUGAUGGAGCAAGUCAGCAAUCUCAGCACACGGUUACAGAAUGCUGAAAAGUACCAAUGGAACAACACGGACGCUUUACUUUCUUUUGAAAGAAUGCUUAAUGAAACAAAGAGCGCCAGGGCCAUUGACUACCACGACAAUACACAAAUUAACAGAGGAGGACACGGAUUAAAAAGGUUUUUGUCAGGAUUUUCAAAUAUGGAACUUUUAAGUAAAAACCUUGAUUCUGGGGUGACCGCUGUUCACUACAUUCCACAUGAGUACAAAGACAUAUCCCAAUAUAACAACAUCAAAUGCUCAGGUUCCUGUUGUCAUGUCUGGUCUGGAACCUUCUGUGCAAACCAAACGUUUUUGCUGAAUGAUCCUUUACACGGGGUCCAGUUCUUCACUUCGUCGCCGUGGAUGACGUCACAGCACAUCGAGGAAGUGGAGCCUUUGGUACAGAAUCAGACAGAUACAAGCUCAUUCUCUGUCACUAAGUCAGGUCUCCAUCUCCUGUAUCUGAACAUUCUGGUACAAGCCACUAAAUCCUCACACGACAUUGCCAUCUACAUUGACGGCACCAGGAAGCUGGACUGCCGUGAGAGCUUGGAUUAUGUUAGGUCGGACCCUUCCAACCCGUACAUGUUCUCCAAAGGCAAAACUUGCAGUGUGUCAGGGGUGUUCUUUCUACAACGGAGUAGUGAUCUCUCCAUCCGAAUCCUCACAUCUCAGACUGCAGUCAUUCUGAAACCUGAAAAUACCAACUUUGGUGCAAUAUUACUCAAGACAUGAAGCAAACGCCUUAGUUUGCUUGUAAAAUAUAACAUAAUUUGUUUAUUGAUUGUGUCAAUAAAAAACUCUUGCUUAUGAAAUAAAACUUGGAAAAACAAUUUUUCUGAAAUAAACUAAAUAAACUUUCAGCACGGUGUACUUAAUAUAUAGGUUUUAUUCGAAUAAUACAAAAUUUACAACGGUACUGUGUAAUGCAUGUGUAUCUAAGCGCCUAAAUAUGCACAUCUUUGCAAAAUCAAUGUUUGCUAUUUCAUUUCUCUUAAUGUUUCACCUGUACAGGUAUAUAACUCCUGCCUAUUUAUGUGUAUUGACGUAGGUAUAUUUAAAUUCACGGGAUCACAACGAUGCGUACGUUUGUAGUGCAUGUUUAUCAAAAUAUGUAAAUAUUGUUAUCAUAAAUACACUC